GCUGAGUGAGUCGCCAGAAUAGACCCUUGAGUAAGUGGCAGCUUUAAAAACCAUCCAGCUGCUGACUUCAGACUAGAAAGUCAGCAAAGGAACGUGGAAGUUGGAUUCCGAGCGAUUAAGGUGCCCCCAGAAUUUAACAGUGGUCGGGAUUUGCGAGAUUUGAGCAACUAGCCUGAGGCAUCUCCUGUUACCUGUCUUUUUGUCUUCUCGGAAGUCAAGAUGAAUGUCCAGGCUUGCUCUAGGUGUGGGUACGGAGUGUAUCCUGCUGAGAAGAUCAGCUGUCUAGAUCAGAUAUGGCAUAAAGCGUGUUUUCACUGUGAAGUUUGCAAGAUGAUGCUAUCGGUUAAUAACUUUGUGAGUCACCAGAAAAAGCCAUACUGUCAUGCAUCGACCCAGCAGGGUUACUUGGAGGAAUAUGACCAGCACAGAGGGAAGGGCAGCUUCCCUGCCAUGAUCACCCCGGCUUAUCAGAACGCCAAGAAAGCCAACGAACUCGCUAGUGAUGUAAGUGUGAGGUACACAGAGGACUAUGAACAGCAGAGAGGCAAAGGCAGUUUUCCUGCUCUGAUCACACCUGCUUAUCAGAUAGCCAAAAGAGCCAAUGAGCUGGCGAGUGACGUGAGAUACCAUCAACAAUAUGAAAGAGAAAUUAAGGGAAUGGCUGGUCCAGCCGCUGGAGCUGAGGGUACUUUGACAAAGGAAUAUGUGGAUCAGUAUGGCCAGAAUAAAUAUAAAGAAAACUACCAGAACCACGUGAGAGGGCGCUAUGAAGGAGUUGGCAUGGACAAACGGACUCUUCAUGCUAUGAAAGUUGGAAGUCUGGCAAGCAACGUCACCUACAAAGCUGAUUAUAAACAUGAUGUUGUUGACUACAACUACCCAGCUACUUUGACUCCCUCCUAUCAAACAACGGUGAAACUGGUUCCCUUGAAAGACGUCAACUACAGGCAAAGCAUCGACAAGCUGAAGUAUAGCUCUGUGACCAACACGCCUCAGAUUAUUCAAGCCAAAAUCAAUGCCCAGCAGCUGAGUCAUGUGAAUUACCGCGCUGACUAUGAGAAAAAUAAGCUGAAUUACACAUUGCCCCAGGAUGUACCUCAGCUGGUGAAGGCCAAAACCAAUGCCGAACUCUUUAGUGAGGUUAAGUACAAAGAAGGCUGGGAGAAGACCAAGGGGAAAGGAUUUGAAAUGAAGCUGGAUGCCAUGUCUCUGCUGGCCGCCAAAGCUUCCGGAGAGCUUGCUAGCAAUAUUAAAUACAAAGAAGAAUAUGAAAAAACCAAAGGCAAAGUCAUGGGAACGACAGACUCUAGGCUUCUGCACUCCCUGCAGGUUGCCAAGAUGAGCAGCGAGGUGGAAUACAAGAAAGGCUUUGAAGAGAGUAAGACCCACUUUCACCUGCCGAUGGAUAUGGUAAACAUCACGCAUGCUAAGAAGGCCCAGGCCCUGGCCAGUGACGUGGACUAUAGGAAAAAACUGCAUGAGUACACUGUGCUGCCUGAAGAUAUGAAGACUCGGUGGGCCAAGAAAGCCUACGGGCUCCAGAGUGAGCUACAAUACAGAGCCGACCUGGCGUGGAUGAAAGGCGUGGGGUGGCUGACCGAGGGCAGCCUCAAUUUGGAACAGGCCAAGAAGGCUGGACAGCUGGUCAGCGAGAAAAACUACAGGCAGAGGGUGGAUGAGAUGAAGUUCACCAGUGUGGCCGACAGCGCCCAGAUGGAACACGCCAAGAAAAGCCAGGAGCUGCAGAGCGGGGUGGUCUACAAGGCAGGACACGAGCAGUCCCUCCAUCAGUACAGCAUCAGCAAAGACGAGCCUGUCUUCCUACAGGCCCGAGCCAACGCUGCCAAUCUCAGCGAGAAACUGUAUAAGAGCAGCUGGGAGAACCAGAAGGCAAAAGGGUUUGAGCUGCGUCUUGAUUCUUUGGCUUUCCUGGCAGCCAAAGCCAAGAGGGACCUGGCCAGCGAGGUGAAGUACAAGGAAGAUUAUGAGAGGUCCAGAGGGAAGCUUCUCGGGGCAAAGGGUGCCCAGGGAGAUUCUCAAAUGAGCCACUCGCUGCAAAUGUCCAAGCUGCAGAGUGAACUGGAGUACAAGAAGGGAUUCGAAGACACCAGAUCCCAGUGUCACGUCUCCCUGGACAUGCUGCACCUUGUGCACGCCCGUAGGGCUCAGCAUUUAGCCACAGACAUAGGCUACAAGACGGCGUCACAUCACUUUACAGCUCUGCCCACAGAUAUGAAGGUGGAAUGGGCCAAGAAGGCUUACGGUUUACAAAGCGAUAACCAAUACAGGGCAGAUGUGAAGUGGAUGAAAGGCACCGGCUGGGUCGCCACCGGGUCAUUAAAUGUGGAGCAGGCGAAGAAGGCAGGAGAACUCAUUAGCGAGAAGAAGUACCGUCAGCAUCCAGAUGCUUUGAAGUUUACCAGUAUUAAAGACACUCCGGAGAUGGUGCAGGCCCGAAUUAGUUACACCCAAGCCGUGGAUCGCCUCUAUAAAGCAGCCGGGGAGGAUGCAAGACACCAGUACACAAUGACCCUGGGUCUGCCCGAGUUUGUCCGAGCGAAAACAAACGCGGCCAAUCUGAGUGACGCAAAAUACCAGGAGUCUUGGCGUAAUCUCCGCGCUCAAGGCUACAAGCUGACAAUAGACGCUCUCCCCUUCCAGGCUGCUCGGGUCUCUGGAGAUAUAGCCAGUGAUUUUCUCUACAGACAUGACUUUGCAAAGGAGCGAGGGAGGCUGAUCGGGGUCCGGAGUGUGAAUGAUGACCCCCGGCUCCAGCACUGCCAGCGGAUGGGCCAACUGCAGAGUGAGCACCAGUACAGGCGGGAGGCGGUGGGCAGCCAGGCCCAGUGCCACCUGCCCAUGGACAUGGUGCACCUGGUCCACGCCAGGAAGGCCCAGGCCCUGGCCAGCGACCAUGACUACAGGACACAGUGCCACGAGUUCACAGCGCUGCCCGAAGACCUGAAGAUGGCCUGUGCCAAGAAAGCUCACGCCCUGCAGAGUGAGAGUAAAUAUCGCCAGCAUCCCCAGUUGUUCAAGUACACAGCUGUGACAGACACUCCCAGCCUCCUUCAGGCAAAACUCAGCAACCAGCUUACCAACGAGAGGUUAUACAAGGAACAAGGAGAGAACAUAAAGCAUCAUUACACGCAGACCGCCGACAUCCCUGAAGUCCUGCUGGCCAAGUUGAAUGCCAUGAACAUCAGUGAGACGCGGUAUAAGGAAUCCUGGAGCAAACUUCGAGAUGGUGGAUAUAAACUGAGGUUGGAUGCCAUCCCAUUCCAGGCUGCAAAGGCCUCUGGUGAAAUCAUAAGUGAUUUGCGCUAUAAGUCAGACCUGACGGCCAUGAAGGGAACAGGAUGGCUGGCACUGAGUUCCCCACAGAUAGAGAGUGCCAAGAAGGCUGGAGAGCUUGUCAGUGAGACCAAAUACCGCAAAAGACCAGACAGCAUCAAGUUCACCUCGGUGGUUGACUCCCCGGACCUGGUUCAUGCCAAGAACAGCUACAUGCACUGCAAUGAGCGCCUGUACCGGUUGGGGGACGCAGAAUCCCUGCACAGAUACACCCUGAUCCCUGACCACCCCGAUUUCAUCAGAGCCCGCCUCAAUGCCCUGCACCUGAGCGAUAAAGUCUACCGAAACUCUUGGGAACAGACCCGGGCUGGUGGCUAUGACUUCAGGCUGGAUGCCAUCCCAUUCCAGACUGCCCGGGCAUCCAGGGAGAUUGCCAGUGACUUUCGGUACAGAGAAGCCUUCCUACGGGACCGGGGCCUGCAGAUCGGGUACCGCAGCAUCAAUGAUGACCCAAGGAUGAGGCACUUCCUCAGUGUCGGCAAACUCCAGAGUGACAAUGAGUACAGGAAGGACUUUGCUAAGAGUCGGUCCCAGUUCCACAGCCGCCCAGACCAGCCCGGCUUCCUCCAGGCCAAGAGGAGCCAGCAGCUGGCUAGCGACGUGCGUUAUCGGCAGCCGCUGCCCCAGCCCACCUGCGACCCGGAGCAGCUGGGCCUGAAGCACGCACAGAAGGCGCACCAGCUGCAGAGUGAUGUCAAGUACAAAUCAGACUUGAACCUGACCAGAGGUAUUGGCUGGACCCCUCCUGGCUCCUACAAAGUGGAAAUGGCUCGGCGGGCUGCAGAACUGGCCAACGCAAGGAGCUGGAGUCCCCAGGGGGCUUACGGGGGGCCAGAGGUUGUGGCGACUGGAGAUAAUCAGAGGGGGGAUGUGAACCCAGAUGCCGCUGAGAUUCUGCACGUCAAAAGGAGGAAGGCUCUGCUGUUGUGAGCAAGGGGUGUCCACCCGGGAUUCUCGAAAGAGAAGCUGAAGAGGAAAUUUGCACACCAGAGACAUGCUCAGAUGGCUUCAGCUUGAGCGAGCUGUAAAAAAAAUGGCACCCCGGCCCAUCCCCUGAUCUGCCUUUAUUAAAAUAACAAUUCUGUGAAA